AUGUUUUUGUUGUGUCAAUGUGAAAUCUUUGGGUUUACUUACUGGAAAGUAGAUCCAUUCAUCAAGUAUUUAUUUGGAUCCUCACAUGAGAUUGAGUUUGAAUUUGUUAUAACAUCACUGACUUUAUGUUAUGGCAUUGGGGAUGCAUAUGGAUUGUUAAUUUUUAUAUUGCAAUGGUUUUUAAUUUUUAUAGUGCCUGAUAGGGCGUUAUGUUCUGUAUUGUUAAGGAGGCAGUUUCUUUUUACUUCGGAUCUUGCUGAAGAGCUUAAGCAGUUCAUCUCUAAGAAAAACCAUGAGCUAGUGUAUUUGUACAAUUCAAAUCUCGUGGAUGAAAUAUGGAAAGAAUCUAGGCCUGAGACUCCAAAUAAGCCGGUUAGAGUGCAUGACCUAAAGUAUGCUGGUUUAGAUGUUGCGUCAAAAUUGUCAUCUCGGAGGUCAGAACUUGUUAAGGCUGGUUCGUCUGCAAUUAUCGUCUCCGCGCUUGAUGAAAUUGCAUGGUUGUUGAACUUGAGAGGGAGUGAUAUCCCACAUUCACCCGUUGUAUAUGCAUAUUUGAUUGUGGAGAUUGAUGGAGCUACAUUAUUUAUCGACAAUUCAAAAAUUACUGAAGAGGUGGAUGACCACUUGAAGAAAGCAAACAUAGAGAUCAAGCCAUACAAUUCGAUUAUAUCUGAGACUGAAAAUUUGGCAGCACGUGGUGCCGCCCUUUGGUUGGAUACUUCCUCUGUUAAUGCUGCUAUUGUAAAUGCCUAUAAAGCUGCCUGCGACAAAUAUUAUCAGAACUACGAGAAUAAACACAAAACUGGGAAUAAAGUUUUUGAUGGAUCGAAUGAGAAAUCAGAUGUAGGUGUACCCAUUGCUGUCCAUAAAUUAUCCCCUGUUUCUCUAGCAAAGGCCAUAAAAAAUGAAACGGAGCUGAAAGGAAUGCAAGAUUGUCAUUUAUGGGAUGCUGCUGCCCUUGCUCAGUUCUGGGAUUGGCUAGAAACAAAAAUUACUAACAACAGGGUAUUAACCGAAGUAGAAGUUUCAGACAAACUUCUUGAGUUUCGCUCAAAACAAGAUGGUUUCUUUGACACCAUAAGUGGUUCUGGUCCAAAUGGUGCGGUCAUACACUACAAACCAGAACCAGAGAGUUGUAGUAUUGUGUAUCCAAAUAAAUUAUUCUUAUUGGAUAGUGGUGCUCAGUAUGUUGCUGGCACUACUGACAUUACACGGACAGUUCAUUUUGGCAAACCAACGGCAAGAGAGAAAGAAUGUUUCACGCGAGUUUUGCAGGGUCAUAUAGCUCUUGACCAGGCAGUUUUCCCAGAAGAUACCCCUGGUUUUGUGCUGGAUGCAUUUGCUCGUUCCUUUCUUUGGAAAGUUGGACUUGACUACAGACAUGGAACUGGGCAUGGUGUAGGAGCUGCAUUGAAUGUUCAUGAAGGUCCUCAAAGCAUCAGUUACCGGUAUGGAAAUUUUACCCCUCUAGUGAAUGGCAUGAUUGUUAGCAAUGAGCCUGGUUAUUAUGAAGACCAUGCCUUCGGCAUUCGGAUUGAGAAUCUACUGUAUGUGAGAAAUGUUGAGACACCAAACCGUUUUGGAGGAAUCCAAUAUCUAGGAUUUGAAAAACUUACAUACGUACCCAUUCAGAUUAAAUUGGUAGACGUAUCUCUGCUAUCGGCUACAGAGAUCGAUUGGCUUAACAACUACCACUCAGUAGUCUGGGAAAAGGUUUCACCCUUGUUGGAUGGUUCUGCUCGUGAAUGGCUUUGGAACAACACUCGGCCUAUCAUCAGUGAAUCAGUUUAAUGAUUUUCAUGCUAUUGUGCUCAGGAGACUGUACUUGUGCUGCCCUUACAUUGGUUUCAAUUAUACGAUGAUGGCUAUUCUAUGAAUAGUUAUUUCUACCGACUAGCAUUUUCCGAAAAUAGAGAUCUUUGCUUAAGAUAUAGAAAAAAAGUUAGAGGCAGGAAUUUUCAGAAAGCCUUCUAGACUAAUGAUCGAAACCAAUGUCUGUGUGGUGUCGGGUGUCCACAUCUGUGUCCAUGCUAUUGCUUCAUAGCUUGAAACCAAUGUCUUGGUUAAAAAGUAGUUUUACAUUGUUUAUUCAAAUUGAACUUUCAUGUUACCCAAUAGAUAUUACAGAAAUUUGAAUAGAUAUUACCGACUCUAAUUUGCACGCUGUGAAUAAAAUAGUGAAUAGAUAUUACAGAAAUUUGAUCCAUAGGAUUUGAGAUUGGCAGGACAAAUGAGCAUUUAGCCAUUUGCAUCACUGAAGUAUGUUUGCUUUUAUGAUAUUCAGUAUAAUAUUAAAUGCUGUAGUGUUGUUAUAA